AGAUGAAUGCAUCAAGCGACCCACACGCUGUGGGGAUAACAGAAAUUGUACUAAUACGAUUGGCUCAUUCAUGUGCUCCUGCCAAUCUGGAUAUAAGGACACUGAAACUGGAACUGCCCAAUCACAGUGCAAAGACAUAGAUGAAUGCAGCGAGCAACCCACACCCUGCGGGAAUAACAGUAAUUGUACUAAUACAGUUGGCUCGUUCAUUUGCUCCUGCCAAUCUGGAUACAGGAACAUCUCUCAUGGAGAAUCCACCCUAAUACAAUGUGAAGACAUAGAUGAAUGCAGUGAGCAACACAGACUUUGUGGGAAUAACAGUAAUUGUACUAAUACUAAUGGCUCAUUCAUAUGCUCCUGCCUGUCUGGAUACAGGAACAUCUCUCAAGAAGAUUCCACCAGGAUACAAUGUGAAGAUGUAGAUGAAUGCAGUGAGCAACCCACUCUCUGUGGGAAUAACAGUAAUUGUACUAAUACUGAUGGCUCAUUCAUGUGCUCCUGCCAGUCUGGAUAUAAGGACAUUUCUGGAACUGCCCAAUCACAGUGCAAAGACAUAGAUGAAUGCAGCGAGCAACCCACACCCUGCGGGAAUAACAGUAAUUGUACUAAUACAGUUGGCUCAUUCAUUUGCUCCUGCCAAUCUGGAUACAGGAACAUCUCUAAAGGAGGAUCCACCGUGAUACAAUGUGAAGACAUAGAUGAAUGCAAUGAGGAAGCCGCACACUGUGGGAAAAACAGUAAUUGUACUAACACAGCUGGCUCAUUCUUUUGCUCCUGCCACUCUGGAUACAGGAACGUCUCUCAAAGAGAAACCACCCAAACGAAAUGUGAAGAUAUAGAUGAAUGCAGUGAGCAACCUACACGCUGUGGGGAUAACAGUAAUUGUACUAAUACUUUUGGCUCAUUCAUUUGCUCCUGCCAGUCUGGAUACAGGAAUGUCUCUCAAGAAGGUUCCACCCAAGUACAGUGUAAAGACAUAGAUGAAUGCAGUGAGCAACACACACUUUGUGGGAAUAACAGUAACUGUACUAAUACUGAUGGCUCAUUCACAUGCUCCUGCCAGUCUGGAUACAGGAACAUCUCUCAAGAAGGUUCCACCCCGAUACAAUGUGAAGACAUAGAUGAAUGCAGAGCAGAAGACGAACGCUGUGGGAAUAACAGUAAUUGUACUAAUACUUUUGGCUCAUUCAUUUGCUCCUGCCAGUCUGGAUACAGGGACGUCUUUCAAGGAGGAUCCACCCAAAUACAAUGUGAAGAUAUAGAUGAAUGCAAUGAGCAGUCCAAACCCUGCGGGACUAAUAGUAUUUGUAACAAUACCGUUGGCUCGUUCAUGUGCUUCUGCCAAGCUGGAUACAAGGACAUCUCUGGCAUUGGAUCAUCCCAUACACAGUGCAGAGCAUUUAAAAGCCUAUGUGAGACUUUGCAAGAUCAAAACAAUACUCAGAAUUAUUGUGAUCAAAGGGAACCCGGUUGCUUUCUUCAGAGAUCCACUUUUCACCUUCUGGAAUCUUUUUGUCAAAAUACCAAACAUGGCAUGGAGGACAUUUUAAAUGUUACUUCCCAGAUCCUCAAAAACCCUUCUUGGUCAAAUCUCAGCUCUUCUGAAGUCAGUACUGUUGUAAAUGGGCUCCUAGAGACUGUGGAAUCAUCUCUAUUGGAAUCAUUUUCUAAAAAUCCCAGCAAUCUGAACUUCAGCACCCCUCAGAUAGAUGUUGCUACCAAGGUGACCCAAGAAAACUGUUCUUUCCUAACCAUAAAUGUGGGACUCAACAGCAUGAAUGUGCCGUGUAAUCUCCUGCCUGAACCUGAAGAUGGAUCUGUCUUCAUUUCAUACAAGGACCUCAACUCCAGAUUAAGUGGGAAUUUCCUCAAGCGACCAGAGGAUCCUGGAGAAACCCACACUGCGGUGGUGAAUUCACAAGUUGUGACUGGAAGUACCACAAGCCAAAAGAGGACAAACCUAAAACCCCCAGUCACCUUCUAUCUGAAUAAUCUGCAGGCCACAGCCCCCUACCAUAUAUCCUUGUGUGUAUUCUGGGAUCCUGAGCUGAUUGGAUGGUCACAGAGAGGCUGUAGCAUCAUAUUCUCCAAUGUUUCCCACACCCUGUGCUCCUGUGAUCAUCUCUCCACCUUUGCUGUCAUCAUGGCUCCCUGUGAUAUAAAGGAAGAUCGUGGGCUUCUCGUGGUCUCCCACAUUGGCCUCAGUGUAUCCCUUCUCUGCCUGUUUUUGUCUCUUCUCACGUUUCUCAUGUGCCGUUCCCUGAGGAGCGCUCACACCUCCAUGUUGAUAUCAUUAUGUGGAUGCCUCUUUUUGGGCCAGCUGAUCAUCUUGUUUGGCCUACAUCAAACCAAGUACAUAAUACUCUGCUCUAUCAUUGCUGGUUGUCUCCAUUACAUUCUCCUCUGUGCUUUCUGCUGGAUGACUCUGGAGAGUGUUCUCCUCUUCCUCACUGUGAGAAACCUGAAUGCAAUGAACUACUUGACAUCCCAACGCUCUCACUUCCCAACUGCCUGUCUCAUUGCAUUUGGGGUCCCUGCAGUUAUAGUCACCAUCUCGGCAGCAGUUCAUUCUGAUGGAUAUGGCACUGAGAAAAGCUGUUGGCUCCGUCCAAGUGUUAUUUGGACUUUCCUUGGUCCAGUUUGUUGCUUUAUCACUAUAAAUACCACACUUCUGAUUUUGACAUUUUGGCUACUCCGAGUAAAGCUGGCAUCGAUUAACACAAAUGUCUCCAGUCUUAGGAACACCCGGUUGUUGACCUUCAAGGCCCUGGCUCAGCUCUUUAUACUUGGAUCUACUUGGGUCCUUGGCUUCUUCCAGUGUGGAACUUGGGCCAUUGUGGCAUCGUAUCUGUUCACCAUCUGCAACAGCCUUCAGGGCGCAUUCAUCUUCCUUGUGCACUGCCUGCUCAAUCGCCAGGUAAGGGAGGAAUAUCGCAAAGUUUUCCGUCGGCUACAUAUUAAGAAGCCAGAGUCAGAGACUGUAUCAGGCAGUACUAUUCCUAUGAUUUUAAUAUCAGCAACAGCACCCGAGGUACAGAAACCAGAUAUUGUCCUAGAUCAUCAGUCUGAAGUGAAGAAGAAAAUACAAAUGUACGAAUCAAUGAAUUGUAGCUGAUUGGCUGCUCAACUUACUCAGCACAACCUACAUAAAUAUUUUCCACAAACGUUUACCUAUUAAUAAAUGUACUAUUCAUAUACUGCACAUCCUUUGCUUUGUCAGCUAGUUGUGCUUCCUGAUUCAUAUUGAAGAAAGAAUUA